AAUGAAUAAAAGUAAAACCUAAAAUUUUCAUCUUUAUGAACCUUAACGAGCUCUUUAAGGACAUAAAGCGUAAAUAUAUGUGGCUAAAUUCAAUUUUGAUGGAUAAUAUUUAUUAACUGGUUCAUAAGAUAGAUCAAUAAUAUUAUGGAAUCCUUAUAAAGAAACAUAAUUAAAAUAAUAUUUUGGAGCACAUAAUUAUGAAGUAUAAGACCUUGCUAUUCUAUAAGAUAAUUCUAAAUUUGUAUCCUGUGGAGGAGAUAAGAUUGCUUUUUUAUGGGAUGUGUCUACAGGUUAAGUGAUUAAAAAAUUUGGGCCUCAUAGUACAAGGAUUAAUUGCGUUGGAAUAGGAGGUGAAUAAUCAAUUUUAGCUACAGGGGGAUAUGAUUGUGAGGUGAAAAUUUGGGAUUUGAAAGAUAAGAAAUAAAAUUAACCAAUAUAAAGAAUAAAAGAAUUUUAAGAUAGUGUAACUUAAAUUUCAUUUUAUCAUCAUAAUAUGAUAGUUUCAUCUAUUGAUGGACACAUUAGGUAUUUAUAAUAUUGUUUAUAUAAGAACAUUUGAUAUUAGAAAAGGAAUAAUAUAAGAAGACUUUGUGAAGGCAGGAAUCUUUAAAUUUAGCUCUAGUUUUGAUGAUAGAUUGUUCGCCUUAAGUUGCAAUGAUUCAAUAAUUAGAAUAUUGGAAAGAAGUUCUGGAUCAAUAUUAGCUGCACUUUAAGGCAGUCACAUAAGCAAUCAAUAUUCAAUAAAUUGUGAAUUUUCUUGGAAUGAUGGAAUGAUAUUGACAGGCUCAGAGGAUGGAAAAUUACGUAAUUUAUAUAUAUAAAAUAUAGUAAUUUAUGAUAUUCUAACAGGAAAAUGUUAAGUUACCAGAAAACUGCAUGAUAAAUGUGUUAGCUCAAUAGCAUUGAGUACGUAAUAAAACUCUUUUGUUACUGCAUCAUUUGAUAAUGUUGCUUUACUAUGGAUGGAAUAAACUUGAGAG